AUGCGACCUGAAACACCGCAACUCCCCCUGAUAGCCGUAUCAGCCCCUCGCCUGCUUGCUUCAAAACACUUUUCCAAGGCUCGAGAGCUGCUGCGCCUGCUGCUCAUUAACAUACCCCUCCUCCGCCUCGUCGACUCCUCCAAGCUGCUGUCUACGCCUCCACGACCUCGUCUUGCGCGCGCCACCACCACUCGACUACCCAUUGCUUACUCUGGACCCGACAUGUCCAUGUUUCAUCUCCCGGCCCGGAAGCGAGAACGCGAUGUCGACUCGGAUUCUGAUUGGGACCUAGACAGGUAUCCCAAAAAAUCCCGACCUGCGCCCGCCGACCACGCCGGCCCUGAGCCAUUGCAGUGCUAUGAGCAGACAACGCUACCCCACCGCCCCUCGCACACGCCCUCGCCGCCUAGGCUGUUUACCGACAUCCGCUCCAUGACGCCCGCCUACUCGGACUAUGGAGGGGAGUGCGGGACUAUCAGUGUGGGAGUGCGAGUGUGCUCGUCUGUCACUCAGGAGCACGGCUUGGCGGACAUGCAGGCCCGGGCGGAGUAUCGAUAA